UGCGCGCGCUUCUAUCCAGGGAUGGGCAAAACCUAAAUUCUUGUCUGAUAUUGAAUAACCGAACAGCUGUUCGCAGGACUUGGACGAAGCAACCUCUAAAGUUUUGUGGAGCAUCUUAUGCAAAACAAUGGUUAUUCUAUAUCGCAGCGAACUAAUUCGACAAAUCUUAAGACGAUGCCACCGUGCGGUUGCGGCAAAUAAAAAGAAUACCGGCUUAACAUGUUUUCAUGGAGUCUGGCCGACUGCGGAAAGAAAAGACUUUGAGCAGGACAUGCGUAUCAUACCUGAUUUCAUAAGCGAAGAAGAGGAGAAACAGCUGCACGAGGAAAUUGAGCCAUACAUGAGCCGGCUGCGCUAUGAAUUUGAUCACUGGGACGAUGCGAUUCAUGGCUUUCGGGAAACUGAGCGCAAGAAAUGGUAUCCAAAAAACCGCGAACUUCUGGAACGUGUACGUGAAGUGGCAUUCAACGGCGCUAUUAUGCCCUAUGUGCACAUUUUGGAUUUAGCCGCCGAUGGCGUCAUCAAGCCACAUGUGGACAGCAUCCGGUACUGCGGCAAUACCAUUUCCGGCAUAAGUUUACUCAGCGACAGCGUCAUGCGUCUUGUUCGCACAGAUGCCCAAAAGUAUAAGCAGAACAGUUCGAGUGAUAACACCGAAGAUACCGCGUACCGUCAGCAGCCGGCGGCGUUGCUUGAGAACAACUUCUAUGCGGAUCUCCUAUUGCCUCGUCGUUCGCUCUACAUAAUGAGACAUACGGCACGCUAUAAUUUCACGCACGAAAUCCUCGCCAACGAGCAUUCCAAGUUUCUUGGCAAUCCCAUUCAGAAAACACGUCGUAUUUCCAUCAUUUGCCGCAAUGAACCCUAAGCAUCCCAUUAAAUACCUGUUAAGUUUAUUUUGUUGAUCUUACAAAAAUGUAUACAAAUAUGUUAAGAACUGU